UUAGGUUCGGUUUUGCUAACCUCACUUAUCGAAACCUCGUUUUUCGAGGGAAAGAUCGUAUGGCUUUAAGUGUGGAAUUGAAUUAACGUUAUAAAUUAAAAACUUUUGUGCACCAAAAUGAUGUCUGAACGCAAAAGGAAACAAAAAUGGUCGUUAAAUCCAAGAGGAAAAGAUUGGAGCGAAAAUUCCAACAAAUUUGGGCAAAAAUUAAUGGAGAAAAUGGGCUGGAGUACUGGAAAAGGUCUAGGUGCCAAGGAAGAUGGUAUGACCGAGCAUAUAAGAGUUGCAUAUAAAAAUGAUACACAAGGCAUGGGUUAUAAAGACAGAGAUGAUCAGUGGACAGAACAUGAAUCUAAUUUUACGGAGUUGCUGAAUACAUUGGUUGGUCCAAAAGAGUGUAAAGGAGCUGAAAGUAGCAAGGAACUGAAAGUUGAAUCUUUGGAAAAAAAGUCGCAAGUAUCAAAAGCCAGAGUACACUAUCAUAAAUUUACCAGAGGCAAAGAUUUAUCUAGAUACAGUGAGAAAGAUUUAGCCAAUAUCUUUGGCAAAAAAAGUUUGGAAGACUUAUCAUCAAAGUCUCAAAAUAUUAAGGAGGAUAACAAUGAAAAAGAAAAUCAAACAGAUAAGACUUUUGGUGUCGUCACACUUAAUGGUGGGAGUAUGAUGGAUUAUUUCAAGAAUAAACUUCCAACUUUCAAGAAAAAUAUGGCUAUAGGAAGUUCAAAGAAUGAUGAUUCUGAGUCGGAUUCAGGGAGAACAAAUUUUGGUUUUGGGUUCACUCAAAAAGAUGAAAAUGUAGGAGAAGAGGAUGUGUCAGAAAACUGCAAUAAAAGAGAUAAAAAAAAAGGAAAGAAGGAUCAUGUUGAUAAUUUCCGAAAACCUUGUUUUGGUUUAGGAUAUGACCGUUAUAAUGGCGAUGAAAGUGAUCGUAAAACUGAUUAUUCAUCCUUCGUAAAAGCAACUGAGACUAUUGUCAAAAAAGCGCCAUUGAAGUUUGGAAUCACCAAAUAUAAUGGGGAUAAAAAUACUGAAGAUAAAUCAUCCAAUUCCAAAAAAUCAGUUUUUGGAUUUGGUUUUAAUUCUGAUAAUAAUAAAAAACAGUCUUCAUUUAUGACUUUUGUCAGCGGAGAUGUUGAAGGCAGUGAAAUAAAAGAACAAUUGAAUGAAGAUGUCUCAAAAAUGGAUAAGAAACGUAAGAAAAAAAGUGAUGCAGGAAGUAUUGAUGAAGAUGAGGACACAAAAACAAUUAAAAAAAUGAAAACGAAUGGAUUAGGUAUCUCCGAUAAGAGUAAUGAUGAAGUAAUACGGAAAAAGAAGAAAAAGGAAAAAAAUCUUAAACCUUCAUUUGUGUCUUUUGUCUCAGAUGGUAAUGAGAGUGUUAGUACUGAUGUUAAAAAAAAGAAAAAUAAGAAUAAAUGUAAAAAUAAAGUAAUAGAUUCAGUAGAACCUGACAACAAUAUUGAAGUUGAAAAUAAUAGCCCCCAAGUAAAAAAUAAAAAAAAUAAAACAAGUCGAGACGAAAACGAUGGUGCGGAUGAUACUAUUGUUGAUGAAAUUGUUCAUGCUAAAAAAGGAAAGAAGAGAAAAUCUGAGUCAGAAAUAGAUAUUGCUUUUACACCUGUGACGAAAAAAUUUAAAAAUUUUGAAGAUCUUCAUUCGCUUCAGGAUGAAGCAAAAAUAGUUCAAACUCCUGACAAAGAUUCAAAAAAAAGUAAACGUAAAAAAAAAUCCAAAAAUUGCAGUGAUGAGAUUGAUGAGAAGAAUGGUUUAGCCAAUCCAGCAUUCGAUCCUUUAUACAAUGAAAUAAUUCUUGAAAAACACCAUUUAGAUGCCAUUGUUGAGGAAACAGAAAAUUCUGUUGAAAGUACUAUUGUUGAAAGUAGAGAACAGGCUGUAGUGGUAAACACAUCUUUACAAAGUAACACUGAGAAGAAAAUGAAGAAGAAGAAGUCAAAGGCCAAUCUAUCCAUAGAAGAAAAUUCCACAAUUGAGGUAUUGCAUCAACCCAAAGAUGAGUCUGAUGUUUGCGAAACUCCAGAGAGAAAAAAAUCGAAAAAAUCAAAAAAGAAAAAAGAGCAUCUCACGAAUGGUGUUGAAAACUCAGCAUUUGAUGAAAAUUACAAAGAUGAACAAAAGUUUGAAGAUGAAGCAAGGGCAAGAGUGGAAGUUGAGUCCUUUGUUACAGAAAAUAGCAUUGUUGGUAAAACGAAAGAGAAGAAGAAAAAAAGUAAAAUGAAUGAGAUAUAUCAAGACAGUCAACUGAAUAAAUACGAAGUUAGGCGAGGCAAAAAAAAUGAAAAAAACUUGGGAAUCUUAAACCCAGGUCUUGACCUCACAGAUGACGAUAAGAGCCUUUCAUUGAAAGAAGAAUUGCCGGUUUGUGAUGAUAGCCUUAUGUUGAACAUAGUUUGCACCCCUAUUAUAAAAAAAGACAAUGAGUCGAAAUUACAACGAAGAAAGAGUGUGAGGUUUAGUAAUAUUAAUGAAAGCAUAUUUAUUAAUAAAACAGAUAGUCCGGCUGAUCUGAGGAAAAAUGGCGAAGGGGGACUAGACAAUGCUGGUUACGAUCAAUUUGGAAAUCGAAUCGAAGAAAACAUAGAUACAUUGAGCAAACAACUUGACGAUUACCAGGCGGAAGUAGAAAACGAUUUAAAUGAAGCAAAAAUGCAGGUGAUGGUGGGCGAAGUUGGUGAUCCGGCAGGUGAGAACGAAAUUUUACCGAGUGGUGAAGUGAAGUUGAAAUUCAAGUACGCAAAUUUCGGUAGAAUGCCACCUUGGAUGAAGAAAGCUAACAGUGCGAACCCAAAGAGUUCAUACAGACAUCUUAUCAAGGGCGAUAUCGUGUUAGGGUUUAGAAACACGAACAUGCACGAUAUUAAGGGAUAUGGUGAAAAUCUGAAAACCUCUUGUACAUAGUUAUUUAUUGUUUUAUUUUGAAAAAAUACAAUUUGGCACUGUAAAUAAAUGUAUAAAUUUUC